GCGCCGGCAGCCGUCAGAACAGCAGAGCAGCGAUGGGCAUCGAGAGGUACGCAGGCCGCGUUGCCCUGGUGACGGGAGCCAGCUCCGGCAUCGGAGCCGCCAUCGCUCAGUCGCUGCUCAGGAAGGGACUCACCGUCGUGGGACUGGCCAGGAGGGUCGACAGGGUUAAGGCCCUCGAGUUGAAAGAUGCCCCGGGGAAGCUUCAUGCUAUUGAGGGUGACGUCAGCAAUGAGGAAAGUAUUCUCGCAGCAUUUAAAUGGAUCAAAGAGAACUUGAAAGGUGUCGAUAUCUUGAUUAACAACGCUGGCGUUGGCAAUGAUGCUGAUCUGAUCUCUGGUAAAACAGAAGACUGGAAGCGCAUUCUGGACGUGAACGUACUGGGUCUGAGCAUCUGCACCAGGGAAGCCGUGCAGGACAUGCUGAACAGGGGCGUCGACGACGGCGUCAUCAUUCACAUCAGCAGUGGUCUGGCCCACAUGUUGCCGCCCAUGGGGAACAUCUCGAUGUACACUGCCAGCAAGCACGCCGUCAAAAUUCUGCUCGACGGACUCCGGAAAGACCUCGCCAAGAGGAAGAGCAAGAUCCGUGUUGGGGCUGUUUCUCCGGGACUUGUCAGAACGGAGUUCGCUUCGAACUUCAAAGAGUUCAGUCCGGAGAUGUACAAUCUGAUGCCCGUGCACGAGUCAGAGGACGUAGCGGAGGUUGUCAUCUGCAUGCUGUCCCAAGACCCAAGAGUUCAGAUUCAUGACGUCAUUAUGAACCCUACAGGUAGUGUUUACUGAAGCUGCCAACAGUAACCUGAACAAUGUCAAAUGCAUCAUUAAUCUGUACAGAACUCACAUCACUGGGUGAUAGUGUGAGAUAGUUGCACAUCAAACUAGAACUUUUAUGUGGAUUGUGUAUAUUCCACACUGUUCUUGACAACCCAUGCAACAGAUGGUGAUCAACAUUCAUCAAGAAAAAAUGGAAAUUAUUUAAGCGAUGUAACUUAUUUAUAUUUGAACUAUAAGUAAAACUAAAUAUGUUUUCUGUUUUGUAGAACUAUCUAAGUUGUAUAAAAAAAUAAACAAAUAAAA